ACAAAUUGGAACAAAAGGUCUACUGACUGCGAGAAAAAACAGCCUCUCCAUGGCUCCCAUCACAUCCUCCAAAAUGAUUACUUCAAAUAAGUCAGAGAAGAAAACAACUAAAUCAAACAAGACUGCAAAGAAACAAGAAGGUAAAUUCACAGAGAACGUGCCUGUCUAUGACCCCAAUAUUCCAGAGCCUACAUGCCGAGCCGAGCUUCUGAAACACUGGAUCAACCUGUCUCUGGAUGAUAAGACAGCCAAUUGCGUGCUGUGGAUUUCUGAGGGAGGAUCCAAGGUGUCUCGUAGGGGAGAUAAUACCAUGUGUCCUGUCCUGGACAGUCCUAAGAGAUAUGAAUACUCCCCUCAGGUGGUGACCAAAGAAGGCAUAUGGGGCUUUAGAGCGUACUGGGAGGUACAAUACACAGGAUGGGUGGUCAUUGGCACCACCUAUGAAGGAGCAGGCAGGAGGGCCAGUGCUGGAGUGCCCAAUGGCCUGGGGGAGAACGAGGAAUCUUGGUGUUUGGGUUGGUCAGGAUCCUGUUACCAGGUCUGGUUUAAUGGAAGGUACAAGGAGAUCUGGAACGUCCCACAAUGCUUCACUUUAGGAGUGUACGUUGACCAGCCCGCUGGAGUUAUGAACUAUUACCUUGUAGAAGGAGAGGAGGGAAAAGAGAAGGAGGUGAAGUUGCUAUAUAGAUUUGAGGGUCCAAUUAAAGACAAGAUUAUGCCAGGCUUCUGGGUUGGUGGAGAUUCUUCCUGCACCAUAGUGAAGAAACCAGAGUAGUCUUUAUUGAGGGGUAGUUGAUAAUGUAUUCAUUCAAUUUUUUUUAAAUACAUUUUUACCCCUUUAAUUUCCAAACCCUGUGAUAUAAAAAUUACAUUCAUACAAAACCCGAUGCAUCCCAGCAACUCCCUACAGGGUUUGAAAAGUUGGUGUGUCUUCUGAAACAUACCUCGCUAAGCCGCGCCGCUUCUUAUCACACUGUUUGCUUGCCUAACAAAUGUGUCGGAAGGAACGCUCUGUAGACUGUCGACGUCAGACAACAUGCAGGCUCCUAAACCACCGAAAGAAGUCAGUAGAGGCAGGAUAAGAGAAGAGCUGAAUCUCAAAUGACUCCCCGCUGGCCCUUCAUUUGCCCUACCAAGAUCCUGCCGUGGCCCCUUCCGGAAAGCCUGCAAAGGUGCUGCCUUGCUGAGGGCAACGUAAUCAAAGUCUGGUUCUGAACAUGAGACAUGUAAAAGAUGAAAUACUUCCUUCGUUAAAUGUUUAACUGUUACUGAGGUUUAUAAAACAUCAGUAGGCAUUUGUUCAUUUGAAAUGCAGCUUGUUUUCUGGUUUGAAAGUGGAACAUGAAUUGUAUCAUCCAAAUCAUGCAACUGUCCCGAAGUAAAUGAGUUUAUUCAUUCCCUCGUCACUCUCCAGAAGUCACCCUUGGAGUUUCAUCAGUAACAUAUGAAAAAGAAAGGGCCUUCGAGCUUGAAGAAAGUACUUAGUUUAAUGGAAGGGCUGACCUGCUGGUCUACAAUCCCCUACUCAUGGGUGAUGCGAGGCCAAUUGUUAGUCUUCUGUCAGGGUUUUCUGGUCAUGACCGGUCCUGACACAUCCUGGGAUUUAACACAAGGUGGUGUGGUGCCUUGGUAUAACUCUAGAAAAACUCUAGAAAAGGGACAUAAAAUGUAUGGGAAACAAGGAAUGGAGGAUGUGCUUAUAGAGAAGAAGAACAGGAAUUAGUUUAGAUUUUUAGUAAUGACUUGUGGAAUGCUUUAAAUAAUAAUUGAGAAAAUACAUCGUCAUAAUGCUUGUUCUGCAUGAAGUAUUUUAAUGCUUGGAAAGACAUCUGAUUAUUUUAGACAAUUUUUUGCUGGAUAUGACA